AAUAUAAAGCAAGGAAGAAAUGAAAAAACUAAAGGAAAAAGGAAUAGGAAUACACCAACACACUCAAACUAAAUAUCUCUUUCUCUCAAUUCUUCUCACAUCUUCUUCUUCCAUUAACAAACAUAGAUAUCAAUACAAGAAAAUAAAGAAAACUAGCUUCAAUACCAAGUUUUUGUUUCGUCGCUUAGAUCCAGAGCUAUGAAGCUUAUUGAUUAGGACCUAUACUUUCGUAUAUAAGAGAUCGGUGAUGCUCAUGAAUGAAAUGUAAUUUUGUUGGUUUCUUGUUUCUCCCUGGCCUAUUUAUGACUGUUCUGAGGUACUAAAGGGAAAAGAGAAGAAAUAUGGUUUGUUGUACCGAAAGAUGCAUCAAGUUUACAGAGGAUUCAUGGUUUAAUCAAUUCUGUAUUGGGGCCAAUCCAUGGAUGGCUCGAUACAUUUACGGUUUUAUAUUUCUUAUCAUCAACCUAUUGGCUUGGGGCGUUCGGGACUAUGGCCACGGUGCACUAACAGAGAUGGAAAGAUUCAAAGGAUGCAAAGGAGGUAAAUAUUGUUUGGGAACUGAAGGAGUGCUACGGGUGAGCCUCGGUUGCUUCAUAUUCUAUUUCAUUAUGUUUCUAACAACUGCUGGAACAUCAAAGUUACAUGUUCGAAGAGAUUCAUGGCACUCUGGAUGGUGGUCUGCUAAAAUCUUCCUUUGCAUUGGUUUGCUUGUUCUCCCUUUCUUUCUCCCAAGUACCCUCAUUCAACUCUAUGGGGAUAUAGCACAUUUCGGUGCAGGGGUGUUUCUUUUGAUUCAGCUGAUAAGUGUAAUCAGUUUCAUUACAUGGUUGAAUGAUUGUUGUCAAUCAGACAAGUAUGCAAAGAAAUGCCGAAUCCAAGUAGCGUUGGUUUCAUUUACCUCAUAUAUUUCUUGCCUGUGCGGGAUCAUUUUGAUGUAUAUAUGGUAUGCACCUCAGCCGGACUGUUUUAUCAACAUCUUCUUCAUCACCUGGACAUUGGUUCUUCUCCAACUCAUGACCUGUGUUUCUGUCCACCCAAAAAUUAAUGGUGGAUUCUUGACUCCAGGAUUGAUGGGUCUUUAUGUGGUAUUCAUCUGUUGGUGCGCCAUCAGAAGCGAACCAGCAACAGAUAGGUGCAACAGAAAGGCAGAAGUUGCAGCAAAGGCAGACUGGCUAUCCAUCAUUAGCUUCGUUAUUGCGGUAAUUGCAAUGGUUAUAGCAACAUUCUCAACCGGGAUAGAUUCCAAAUCAUUUCAGUUCAGGAAGGAUGAGAAACAAGAUGAAAAUGAUGUUCCAUAUGGAUAUGGGUUUUUCCAUUUCGUGUUUUCUGUUGGAGCUAUGUACUUCUCCAUGCUAUUGAUUGGCUGGAAUUCUCAUCACACCAUGCAAAAGUGGACGAUAGAUGUAGGUUGGACGAGUGCUUGGGUCAGGAUCGUGAAUGAAUGGCUCGCAGCUUGUGUUUACAUUUGGAUGUUGGUUGCUCCUCUUGUUUGGAAGCAGAGGCAGACAGGUGAUAAUUCUAUAUGAAAAAAAGAACUCCAAAAGGACCAAAACCACAAUUUAUUAUUCAUAAUCCUCACGAAACAACAGAAAGAAUCAGUUGAUAAGCUAUAUAUCUGAGCAAUCCAGCAUCCUGGGUUUCUCUGUAAACUUACACGGGUGAAAAAGGCACCCCAUAAUGUAUAGUUGGAGUUUCCGGCCGAGAACAGCAGGUAAACAAGCUAGAGAGCAAUGACAUAUAUUCAGAUCUAAAGGUUCUUCAGAACAUUUAUGAGACGAGGUCGUUUCUUGUUUUUCACAUACAGUUACGAAGUCGGAAGAAGUAUAUCAUAUAAUUCUUUCUUCUAAUCUUUGCAAUAAUAACCUCAAGACGGAAUGUAACAGUUUAGUUUUGAGAAGGGCAGCGAGUCAGUUCACAAGACUGGCACGGUACGUUAUAUU